UACCGGUACCUCUCCAAGAUAUACCAAUAUUACUAGUGGUACUUGUAUCUCUUCAAUAUGAACCAGUAUCACUAGUGGUAGUGGUACAACGAUCACUAGUGAUACUUGUUCAUGUACAACUAUUGGUACUGGUACACAAAUUAGUUAGCGUACUGGUACAAGAACCAGUUUUGGUAGUGAUACCACUACCACUGGCAAUAAAACAAUCAAUUCUAACUACCACUAGCGCAUCGAUACCAAUUCCAAGUACCACUAAAUAUACACAAACAAACACGGUACACAAGAAACGAAGGUCUGCAUCUUCGAUUCCAACGUGCGGAUUGGAAAUCAAAAACUUCAGGGAUGAAGAACCUCACAUGUUCUCUAUUCAAACGCCGUAGCAAGGGUCGAUGUCGGUAGUCAGUCAGGCAAAGCACUGAAAGAACAAGCGAGCAAUGUUAGGGCUUGUGGAUUCUAGCGUGGAAGGUCACUGGGGAACGGCCAAUUUAAACUAGUUAAUGGAAAUUUAACCGAACGGAAUUCCAAACGACAUGUAUCAGAGAGAAGCAAACAAAUGAGUGGACUUACCUCUACUCUCAAAGAACAAGCCUUCAAUCCAGCAGAGGUACGUCGCGAGAUGAUGCAGGGGAGAGGCGGCAACAAUGGCUCGGUUUUUUUUUUUUGGUUUCGUGAUGAGAAUGAGGGAAGAGGGAAGAUUGCUAGGCGAAGGAUUUCUCUGUGGGGAAGGUGGCCGAAUGGUCUCCAGAAUAUUUCCCUUUCAAUCCCGAAGAUUGCGUCUCAGCAAACGUGGCUUGGGUAGGGAGCUGAUCCAGUCCGGCACCUCCCUUUUUUGCCCCUGAUGAAUAUCAGCCGCCAGAUGAAGAUGUGGGAAGGGAGAAGGGGAAUCUAGAGAUGGGAAGAGGGAAGCGAAAAUCACUUCCCCUCUAGAGGAAGUGACGGUAUCUAAACCCUAGAAACCAAGCCUUCGGAAAAUAAUUAUUUUCGCUUACUGCUUUUGUGAGAUGUUAGUGGCCUGCAUUGCCAAUCACAUCAUUCUGAAAUGCCGAGCUUGACAAUUAGACCCAAGUUUCCCAAAUAGUGGGAAUAGCCUGCUGCUGUCAAGCCUCUGCAUUUAGAGGCGUCAAAGGUGAUGUCGUAUCCUAGUUGACAUGCAGCAGUAGUACCCACAAUCUUCCUCAAAUUAUGUUGUCUGCCAAACUUGACCACUCAGCCAACAGAAUAGUAUUUCCUCUCGGCCCUGUGCUCUGUACUCUUUUUCUCCAAUGCCUUCCCUUUCCAUAUUGGAGUUGCCAAUGAUAGUGUCACCAGUCACCACCACUUCACAUCACUUUACCAUGCUUACACUAAUCUCCCUCUAUAUAUACGUUCUGAAGGCACUUACUUUUCCUACACCAUGAAGUAACUCUAACUGCAAAAGAAAAGAAAAAAAAGAAUGGAGGAUCUUGUAGUAACCGUAACCGCAAAAACAGUUGUGAAAGCAGCAACCACUGAUUCUUCCCAAAACCCGACGUUGGCUCUCUCAAACCUCGACCUCCUCUCUGGCCGUUUCCCUGUCACAUACCUCUACUUCUACACUAACUCUCAGUCUCACAACAUCGACUUCCCCUGCAUCAUGGACUCCCUCAAGCUCUCCCUUGCCAAGACUCUCCACUACUACUACCCAUUCUCCGGUCGGAUUGUUGCUAAUCCGUCCACCGCCGAGCUGGUGAUCAUCUGUGACAACCAAGGCACCCUCGUCGUCGAGGCGCAUGCCAAUGUCCCAUUGAAGAUGCUUGAUUUCUACAACCUCGACAAACUUGUGACGCAAGGUAAACUGGUCUCCCUGUCCCCUGACUUCCUAUUCCAGGUCCAAGUCACGCGCUACACCUGUGGAGGUGUCUCUAUGACGUUCACCUUCGAUCACGCCCUGGGCGACGCCGCCUCGUUCAGCAAGUUUCUCCGCUCCUGGUCGGAGAUUUCACGGCACAAAUCCCUGUCCUGCAUCCCAGACCAUCGGAGGAGGGAACUGCUUAAGCCGCGAGACCCACCUAGAUACCAAUCGUCCAUGGACCGCACCUUUGUGAGAUGCACCAUCGAUGAGAUCCUCAACAUGCCUACCUCCACCUCCACCUCCACCAUGGUAAAGCGCCUGUACCAUAUCGAUGCACCUUGCAUCGAUAGGCUGCAAGUGAUGGCAUCUGCAGGAGGGAUCAAAAGAACGAAGAUCGAAGCUUUCUCCGCAUACAUAUGGAAGGCGAUGGUGAAAGCUGUUGAUGGGAAUGAAUGCAAGAUGGGUUGGCUGGUGGAUGGCCGUGGAAGGAUGGGAGGGAGCCUUAAGAACGAUCCCAUGUCCAAUUACAUAGGAAAUGUGUUGUCUUUGGCUGUGGGAGAAGCCAACGUGGAUGAGUUGGAGAGAGACUCUGUUGCUGAAGUGGCUACGAGGGUUCAUGAGGCUAUCUUCGAUGCGACGAGGGAGGAGCAUUUCUUGGAGCUGAUGGAUUGGAUCGAGUGCCACCGGCCUGGGCUGGUGAUGGCAAGGAUUGUGCUGGGAGGAGGAGGGAGUGGUGCUCCGGCGGCGGUGGUUGUUUCAUCGGGGAGAAAAUUCCCAGUGGCUGAACUGGAGUUUGGGUUUGGGAGUCCGGUUCUGGGGACGGUGAGUUCCACGAUUGAGAAGAUCGGAGUUGGGUAUUUGAAUCAGAGGGAGAGCGGGAGGAAUGAUGGUUCAUGGACUGUUUCAGCUAUCUUGUGGCCGCAGCUUGUGCAGGUCUUGGAGUCUGAUUCUGUUUUGCAGCCCAUUUCAGUUGCUCAGCAUUUACUCCUAUGAGUUGUGAGAAUUGAUGGUACCAUGUUGAGAUGCAACUAGUUUUCAUGAAUAAGAUUAUGAUGUAAGU